GUUGACCGAAACUUUGUAACGCGUGCACGCAUACUUCGCAUACUAAGCGAUACGAGACUCAGUUUUAAGUUGAGCGACCACUAUUGUUUUAAAUAACGUAGUUCGUGAAAGACAUUUAACAAGUGAACGUUGGAGAACAGAAAAAUAAACUUAUAAAUAAACAUGACGGACAAAAGUUUGGAUAUAAUAGUGAUGGGUGCUACGGGGUUUACAGGAAAAUGUACCGUGCAACACCUUGCAAGACUUACAAAAGAAAAGUAUUGGGAUGUAACUUGGGGAAUCUCGGGGCGUUCUAAGGAUAAAAUGCAGAGUUUAGUCACGGAACUCAAUAAAUUGGGUCUGGAUGUUAAGAAUAUUCCUAUGAUUGAAAGCAACGUUGACAAUCGUGAGUCGUUAAAGAAGGCCCUGCAAAUGGCGAAGGUGGUUAUAAACUGCACGGGACCAAACUCCGUGCUGAGUGCUCCUAUUGUGGAGGCUUGUAUCGAAUCUGGAACACAUUACCUUGACAUAUCUGCUGAAAUGUUUCAUAUUCUCCAACUUUACCAAAAAUACAAUAAGACAGCUGAAGAGGCGAGUGUCUUAGUGGUGCCUAGUUGUGGCUACGCUGCUAUACCAACAGAAUCAGCUAUGAUAUAUCUGGAGAGGCAGUUUAAAGGCACGCUGCAUACAGUGGUGUGCUAUACAGCAUUGGAUUUACCAAAGAGAACGUAUAUUCCUGGUCGUGCUCUCAUCCACAAUGGAACGUGGACUUCUCUCGUGUAUGUGUUGGAAAGUUUCAAGGACCACCUAAAUUUGUGGAAGGAGCUGUUCCCUAAGCCUGUUGAGCCGGUACCAGAAGAGAUGAACAAAUCCUUCUUCCACCGGUACAAUGGCGAAACGUGGUUCCCUUACCCGGGAACAGAAAAUUAUGUUGUAGAAAUGUCGCAGAGAUAUUUACAUGAAAAAACACAAAAGAAACCUGUCCACUUUAAAGCUUACACAACCAUGCCAAUGUUCUUCCAUUUCAUUGUAAUCCCUGUAAUGUAUUUAUACUAUUAUCUAAGUUAUUUCAAAUGCUUUAGAAACUUGUUAAUCAAUUUCCCUCGUCUCGUCACUAUUGGGUAUGCUUCACAAAAAGGACCCACGGAACGAACUAGGAAGGACACGAAAUAUAGCUUCAUUUUAAAUGGCAAAGGCUGGGAUUUGGGUGCUGACUUGAAUACGGAGCCGACAAAGAAGAUGACAGUAAAGGUGUCAGGCAGUGAUCCAGGCUACGAUACAACAGCAAUUGCAAUUAUAAUGUGUGCUAUCACUAUACUGAAGGAAGGUUCAAAUAUAACUAAAAGAGGAGUCUUGAUGCCCGGUGCAGCAUUCUACAGAACUGAUAUAGUUGAUAGACUGAUGCACGAAGGCUACUCUUUUGAAGUAGUAGGGGCAGGAGACAGUGUUGUACAAGUAGCUUGAAAUCUAGAUUCUAGAUAUUGCUAGUAAAUGAUUGUUAUUUAAGAUUAUUUUUUUAUAAUGCUAAUCUACUUCAAUGAUGACUGCGUUCUCAGUGGAACAAAUAUUUCCUUCUAUCUCGUAUUGUUUUUCUAUUAAACCAAUGACAUAACAUAACAUUACGCCUUUUAUCCCCGAAGGGGUAGGCAGAGGU